AUGUCAUCAACAGGAAUUAAAGAACCAGUUUCAGUUCCAUCCUAUUGGUUUGAAAGAUUAGACACAGAAGGGUGCGAGAGAUUAGACACAUCAGUGUCUGAGCAAUUAGUUGCAGUAGGGUUUAUGGAAUAUGCACUGCAGGGUUUCAGGGAAGUAGGUACGGGUGGAUUUGAGGGACUAGGCACUGUAGGGUUUGACAGAUUAGGCACAGCAGGGUUUGAUGGAUUAGGCACAACAGCGUAUGAGAAAUUAUGUACAACAGGGUUUGAAAGAUUAUGCAGAGCACGGGGCUUGAGAGAUAAGGUACAGCAGGGCUUCAGAGAUAAGGCACACCAGGGUUUGAGAGAUAAGGCACAGCAGAGGUUGAGAGAUUUAGAUCAGCACUGUUUGAGAGAUAAGGCAAAGCAAGGGUUGAGAGAUAAGACACAGCAAGGGUUGAGAGAUAAGGCACAGCAAGGGUUGAGAGAUAAGGCACAGCAGGGGUUGAGAGAUAAGGCACAGCAAGGGUUGAGAGAUAAGGCACAGCAAGGGUUGAGAGAUAAGGCACAGCGGGGGUUGAGAGAUAAGGCACAGCAGGGGUUGAGAGAUAAGGCACAGCAAGGGUUGAGAGAUAAGGCACAGCAGGGGUUGAGAGAUAAGGCACAGCAGGGAUUGAGAGAUAAGGCACAGCAGGGGUUGAGAGAUAAGGCACAGCAGGGAUUGAGAGAUAAGGCACAGCAAGGGUUGAGAGAUAAGGCACAGCAGGGGUUGAGAGAUAAGGCACAGCAAGGGUUGAGAGAUAAGGCACAGCAAGGGUUGAGAGAUAAGGCACAACAGGGGUUGAGAGAUAAGGCACAGCAAGGUUGA